ACAAACGUUCCAAAACCAAUUGGAAAUACGACAUAAAUAAAGCCUGCGCUCCACCUGGCGGAAGCGAAAUAAUGAGAGUUUAUGUUAACAUAAAACGCGCAGAAUUCCUCCCCUGCUUGUAUCAUACCUUAAACUGAGCCUCUACUUUAGUCACUCCUCUUUGGCUCCAUCCCAGCUGCUAAAUCAUAGGCCAAAUAAUCCUGUCUCGUAUUUGCUGCUUCCUUCAAAACUGAGAAGUGAAUCUUUUUUCUUGAGUCUAUCUUUUUUUAAUCAAGCCCUCACAUCUCACCGGUUUUAUUCAGUUUUAUUCACUUUUACUCGCUCAAGAGGAAAUCAGCUGUACUAGUGUCGAAUUUGUUUGGAAUCAAUUUUUAUGAGUUGAGAGCAAUAAUUCCACGAUGGACGACGACGCUACGACAGUGAUCAAGAUGUUGCAGGCCCUGAAGUCUGAGACCUGUAGAAGGAACAGUGGAGUGUCCCUGCGUCUCUCGAAUGCUGGAUUAUCGAUGAGUAACUUAGGGCCUGCACCAGAGGACAAGUCAUCGAACCCGAGAGAGAGUAAAUCUCCAGAGAACAAUUCAUCACCCCUGAAACGACGUCGCCUGGACUCAACGCAUUCCUCGACCUUCAAUCUCUCAUCAACCUCGGAUUCGACCCCAGGAACCCCUUGGGAAUGGCGUCGCCUCAAGGGAGAACUCGUGGCCCUUCGGACAAGGCUGUCUCACACCGAAGCAACGGUCAACCAACUCCACAAAAUACGACGUGAGAUCGAGGAGGUCUUUGAGAGAGACAAGCACAUGCUAGAGAUGCAGGCAGAGCUGGACAAGCAGACGAUAAAGCAACUGGAGUUGCGUGUGGAAUCCUCGAGGAAGAGCACUCACGAUGCACGGGAGGCCCAGGCAUCUGCAGAAUCCGAGCUCUUCCAGACUAAAUCCAAACUCGAGGCGAAGAUUCUUGCAUUGAUGACAGAGAAUGCUAGGCUGAAGGAAAUUAACGUGAUUUACUCGAACUCGGAGGAGUUCUCAUCAUCUCCGAAGCCCCAAGAGGACAACAGCGAGAUUCAGGCCAAGCUCGAGGCUGCUGACGAUCGAAUUCUCGAGCUGGAGGGCAGGGUUAAAGAGCUCGUGUCUACUCAGCAGGAGCUGGAGCUACAGAAUCUCGAGUUGCAGAACGUCAGGAUGAAGGUAGAGACCUUGGAAGCUGAACGUGCCCUCUGGGAGGAGGGGAGGAGCCUUCUGGCCAGGGCCGCCCGUGCCAAUGAGCUCGAGAAGGAGCUGCAGCUCGCCAGGGAGCAGAUAAACAACCUCAGGGAGGCUGUCAAGGGCAAGUUACUUCUGGAAGAGCAGAUUUGUAAUAUGGAGAAGAGACUGGAACACACAGAGAGGGUUGAGGCAAAACUGGGGAAGAUGGAGGUGAAGUGUGAAGAACUGACCUCCAGAGUGCAGGAGUACGAGACGAUUGGUAUUGGGAGAAAUCCAACAGACUUGAAGAAGGAGGUCCAUCGUCUCCAGCAGGCUGAGGUUAUUCUGAUGCUUGAAGAAGGGAAAUUGAGGUCCCAGGUCGAUGCUUUGCAGAGGGAGAACGACGGACUCCAGAGGAAGUACGAUGAGACCAAGAAGAUGGCGACUGAUAUGACCAACUCCACUGAGAAGCUCAAUAAAUUUAUCAUCAGGUUGCAGAAGAAGAUGCUGCUCGUCUCUAGGGAGAGGGAUAGUUAUCGACAACAGUUGGAUCUCUACGAGAAGGAAAUGACGACGCUGGAGGGCAAUAAUGCUGUUACUGAGAGAAUUCCAGCACUCGAGAGAGCCGUAGAGGGUUACAGGGACCUCGUGGAGAAGCUCGAGGCUGAUUUGGCCACUGUUUCGGAUCCCGCGACACUUCGGGCUAAGGACGAGUGCAGACAACUCCGGGAGGAAGUGGAAAGGCUCAAGGGGGAGCUGGAGCAUCGAGCUCUCAAAGGCGAUUUCAAUGUCAAUUCCAGAAUUCUACAUUUUAAGAUGAAUCCAGCUGCCAUUGCCGAACAACAAGCUGAAGAGAAGCAGAAGGCAUUGCUUCAGGAGGUCGAGGAACUCCGAGCUAGGGUGCAACAUGGUUUCACUGCGCAGGGGGGAGCGCCUCUUACUACUUCGUCGUCAUUUCAAGCACAGGAGCUUGCUGAGCUGAAGCAAUCUCAUGAGAUUAAGAUUGCUAGGCUGAAGGAGGCUUUUAAGGCAUCCUCCCAGGAGUACAGGCAAGCCUGCUAUCAACUUUUUGGGUGGAGAGUCGAUAGAACCAAGGAGCGAAGGUACAAAUUAUCGAGUCAGUAUGCAGAGUCUCCUGAUGAUUUCCUGUUUUUCCAUGUGGACGAGGGUGUCGAUCUACUGGAGACCGAGUUCUCGUCGACUUUAGGGCCAUUAAUCGAUAGACAUCUUAUUAUGCAACACAGUGUCCCCAUGUUUCUAAAUGCUGUGCAAAUGGAGCUCUUUUCACAACAGACAAUCACUAAUAUCGUAGGAUGAAACCCUUGGAAAGAUUUUUUAUUAUUCGCCUCGGAUUUCCGGAUCUUUUUACCUCAUCAGAAUAUUUUAUCAUUGUAGGAGCGAAAGGAAGGAGACAAGUCGAAUUUUAUUUUUGUUAAAUGCCAAUGCAUUUCAAACCAGUUAUUUUUAGUGGAAUCAUCGAAACACCCAUUUUGUUGGUAAUUUUAUCAGCAACGAAAAAAUUUUGUGAAGCUUCCACCAUAAAUAAUCUUUUUGGCGAUAAAUCGGUCAGUGAGCAAAAUGAUAGAUUCGAUUUCUUAUUAUAUCGUAAACUGUAAAAAUUGAACAGACUGACGUUUAUAAAAUCCUCAUCAAUUUAUUGAUGUAGCUACGAGCUGUAUAAAAAUUCGAGUAACUCUAGAAGCUUAAUUAAAUCAAUAAUAAAUAAGUUACACUCAUAAAAAGAUUUAUAGUUUGUCAUAUUUGUGCGCAGCAAUAGCCAGGGCGUCUCUUUAUAGUUGCAAUUGUCAAUUAACUCCGCAAAUGUGCUUAGAAAAAAUUGGUAUCGUAGUGUUCGAUCAAUAAAUGUUUCGUGCUAUUCUUAUAAUUUGGUUGAUCAAUUAAUUGCAUUAACUAGUAAAAUGGUGAUCCUACGAAAGGGCUAUUUUCCAAUAGUUUUUCAUAAUAUGUUUUCUUUAUAUGAAGUUAUUUAAUAAUCUCGGGUAUAGCAAAAUUCUUUGGUAAUUUUCCGAAUAU